GCCUGUUAAACUCCCAGAACUUCACCAAUAAUUUUUAGCCAUGCCUUUACGUAUUCCACGUGUGUUUUUCCGUGGUUUUUCGUCAGAAGCCAAGGACCAUUGGCAGCUGACUGACGAACAGCGUCCUACUGUAUCUGCUUUAGACCGUUAUAAACAGGUCCUUUCUGCUGAGCGACGUAAGUCUAUUCGUCGCGCUGACUUUUUAAAGUUUACUGGCGGCCGCCGUCCGUUGAUAUCUUCUCAUUUGAAGGCCAACUUACUAGCCUCUGGAAUCUUCGUUUGGUGUGUCUUUGCUUGUUACAUGACAUAUCGUAUUAUGCGUCCUGAGGACUACGCUUGGGUUGACGCUGAACGCACUCGUAUAGCUGCUGCUAAGGAGAAGAUGCAGCGUAUAAUUGAAUACGAGAAGCAGUUGGAAUCAUCGCAAUCCGGUUCAGGUUAAUUCCAGCUUU